UAUAUAUAUAUAUAUAUAUAUUUAAUUAAAUUGCAAAGCACAAUGUUAGAGACCUUUUGGGCAAAUAUAAAAAGUUUAAUAAAUAUUUUUGGUUCAUUAUGAAACUGUAAUGGAACCGAUUAAACUAUUGAGGGCCACCCAUCAAGAUAAUUAAUAGGAAGAUAAUAAGUAAACAAAUAUAAAAGGAAUACUGUAUAGGUUCUAAAUAAGGGGUUUAAAGAUCACAUCAGUCACAUUAAAGUUCAAAAUGUUGGAGGAAAAUAAUGUUAUAAUGCAGCAUCAGUGUGGGCGGUAGAUGGGUUGGUCAGUCUGAUGCAGAUUCUGUAUAAAAGAAAGGACAGUAAGGAGAGCAGAACGAACUCGUAACGAUAGGAGAAUCACACAUGGUCUAUGAGACAGAGCAUCAUGAGAUUCAACACUGCUUUCCUGCCAUCAAUUCAUCAUGUAUCAAGGGAAAACACUCCAGACAUGAAUCCAAUAUCAUGUAUAUGUUUUUUUCAUUGCUGUCAGUGUGGACUGUGUUUCUGAACCUGCUGGUGAUCAUCUCCAUCUCUCACUUCAAGAAACUUCACACUCCAACCAACCUGAUCAUUCUCUCUCUGGCUGUGGCUGACCUGCUUGUUGGACUUGUGAUGCCAAUAGAUGCCAUAAAUCUGAUUGAGAUGUGCUGGUACUUUGGAGACACUUUCUGUGGAGUCUAUUCAAUAUUUUUUGCGAUGCUUCUCACAGCAUCUCUUAGUAAUUUAGUUUUAAUUGCUGUUGAUCGUUACGUGGCUGUUUGUCACCCUUUACAGUACCCACAGAAAAUAACAAUGACUAAAACAAUAAUAAGCAUCUGUCUGAGCUGGGUUUUCUCUUCAACUUAUAGCACUGCCUUUGUUAUUGAUAAUGGUUAUUUUGACAUUUCACGCCAAACAAACAUGUGUUAUGGAGAGUGUUCUGUUAUGAUGGGUUUUGCUUGGAGUGUUACUGAUCUGAUCUUGUGUUUUAUUUUUCCUUGUGUCCUGGUCAUAUCUUUAUAUUUGAGGAUUUUCUAUGUUGUACAUCAGCAAGUGAAAGUUAUAAACACCCUGAUGAAGGGUGGAAAAUGUGUAAAUGAAGGUUCAGUGAGAAGGAAAACUGAGAGCAAAGCUGCUCUGACAUUAGGAAUCAUUGUCACAGUCUAUCUGCUUUGUUGGAUUCCAUACUAUAUCUGUUCCAUAUCAGGAGCUUCUUCCACAACCAUAAAUGUUUUAUUAUGGGUCCUACAUAUGAACUCAGGUCUGAAUCCUAUGGUCUAUGCUUUAUUUUACCCCUGGUUUAAAAAGACAGUUAAACUCAUCUUAACUCUGAAAAUAUUUCAGCCAGCAUCCUCUCUGGUCAAUAUUUUUUCAGAACAUCAAUUGUAA